AUGUAUUGGAAAAAUGAGGUUUUGGCCCCUCUACCAGAGGGAGAUCAGGUUUUAUCCGAAGGAAUUCCCGCAAAACAGGUAAUGUGAAGAAAACUAGGCUACACAAUGAUAAUCUGUGUGUAAAAUAUAUGCAUAAAAAGUAUUUGAAGAUGCACGAUUGCUUUCUGGUUAACCACAUAUUGUUCGUUGAUAUUGUAUACAACUACACUGGGCUCUUACUGCUAAUCUUCUGUCUGCUGUCAUCAUGUUGCUUUCUUAACUGCAACUGUUUUUUGUGUCUUAAAGUGGUGUCAAGAAUCGCUGGUUGUGUACAAAGAUCAGCUGCGCAAGGAAGAGGCACGCGCGUGCGUCUAUUAUGAAUAGUGUGAUUUGCACUCCACCCUCUUCAACAUGCCAAUUCGCCAGAGAAGAAUUCGAUUUUAAUUAGUGCCAUUAAAAAUCUAAUUUGAAAUUAUUUGGGUGGCCCAUUGCCUUUUCUGAUUGACAGUUGAAAUUGACACUUCGCGGUCCCUCUUAUCGUGAUCAUUUCAAGCUAUUUGUAAUUGCAGGCCUUUUUUUUCUUCGUUUCCCUGUAUUGGGAGAAAAAUACGAUUACUUUAAGAGGCAUGGGAUAAGUGCAGAGAAAAAUCUAUCCAAAUUGAAAUAGCUUAAUUAAAACGGCGGCUUUUGUUGCAGGGCCCUAAAUAGCCUACAACAGUUAAAAUCGGGAUGUAUUGUUCGGACGCUUUAUAUAGCUGCAGGGCUGCAAUGUCUCUCAAUGAUUUCAUGGCUGGAGAUGGAAGGGACUUUAGCCGCGAGUUGACGUCGACUUCUUGCUGUUGAACCUUGUCUUGUAGGUGAUUUCUCCAGGAAUGCAGCAGAGUGCACCGGGUGCCUCGCGCUGUGUGGAAGCCAAACACGGACACGUCAUGGUAAGAAGUUAUUCGUUAUUUUCAAUUUGUGCAAUGCUGUUUAUUAUUAUGGCAUCUGAAUCAGUGUUUUAUUGCCAUGUUAUUGCUACUUGUCCAUUGCCUGUAAAGUAUUAUAUAAACCAUAAAGCAUGUGGCCUAUGUCAGUUUUUGGUGACCUUGAUAGCGAGCCUCAAGAUGCUUAGGCUAAACAUAGGCUAUAAUAUUUUAAAUAUGUUGGUCCAGAUGGGCUUAAAACGUAUCCAUGUUCUUCUUCUUGUCUUGUUUAUCGUGCAGUCUCACUCCGACGGAGAAUCCCACAGAUCGAACAUGGAGAGAGAGGACACGCGCUCCUCCCCGAGUCCCCCCUCUACUCCGUCUAUCUGCUCGCCUACUUCCACCGCCUCCUCCGUGCCGUCCACCGGGAAGAACGUGUGCGCGAGCUGCGGUUUGGAGAUCCUGGACAGAUACCUUCUCAAGGUGGGAGUGCGCGCGUUAUUGCCUAUGCAAGAGUGAACCGCAUGAGCAUGUGGAUUUUUGUGUGUGCAAAUGUAAACAGAUCUAAAAACCCUUUUAACUUUUUUGUUUGUUUUCACAACUUUCAUAAUAUGUUUGAUGUAUUUAGCCCAAGCUAUAGCCUACAUCCAUGUUGGCUACAUUAUCUUCCGUAGGACCAUGUUUAAAUAUUAAUAUGAAUAUCUUACAGCAUACUCCAAAAUAUGAAACCCUAAAAUAAUUUUGGGUUUCUGAAGAACCACUGUUUGGACAUACACUUCUAUUCUAAACAUAGGAAAGGACAGUAGCCUAGAUCUAUGGGCCAGUAUCAUGAAUCGUUAUGUUUUUUCUGUCUUUCAACUUCACAUCAAGAACGCCCAGCCUCGCGUGCACUCGCGUGCUUCCAAGUAAAAACAACUGCCUGGGUGUGUUUUGCAGAGCUGCAGGAAGUGUGUUACUUAACUACGAGGAUCAUUAGUCCUCUAUCUGUCUCGAGGCAUGUGGGAAUUAUCAUAUCAGGAAUCGACAGGAUUAAAUGCAUCAACCAUGUUCAUUUUGAAAUAGGUUAUUUUCUAGCCUAUUUAUAUUUCAAUUAUAUGAACAUGUCUGCUUGCUUCUCUCAAAAAAUUACUUAGAAAACCUAUAGCAUAAUGAUAUUAAGAUACAUAGGAUUUUUGUCGUAAUAAUAGCGUAGCUGAUCAUAAAGGUAAACAGACCCAAUGGUCCACUCCACCAAAACUCACUGUAAUUUGUUUGUCUGUUUAAUAAUCUAUUCUAGACCUAGUACUGCAAGGACAUACCCCUUUAUUUUGAACAUUGCCCAUUUUCUUACACGGAGAACGAAUUAUAGAAUCACUUUUGAAUAACCUAGUGCUGAUAUUUAAUUAGCCUGCUUAACUUGGUACAGGGACAAACAUCGAAAAAAGCACAAUUAUAAGAUAUCGUAUUAUUUAUUACAUCUGAAUUAUCCUUCAACAGAAUAUAAGGUUUAGGAAUUAUUUUAACUUUAAAGGCAAUAGUAAAAUCAAACAAUAUUCAAACAUUUCGCAUGGUCUGCAUGUAGGCUAUGCACGAUUUAGCUAGCCUAUGUGUGCACAAUCGAGCUGAAAUCAAAUGGCCCAAUGGCCUAUGACAUGCGUAAUCAAACAGCGAAUUAAAGGUUACCGGACAGACAGAAACAUCAGAAAUGUCAUACUAUUUUUGUAAUACCAACUAAGAUGUGGAUGUUUUUUUAUGGGAACAAAAUUCAUUGCAAAGGGCAGAAUAGCCUAAAUGAAUAUAUGCUCUUAUACUGUUGUUUAUUAGGUUAUUAUUGGCUACAAUUGGAUUCAUUUAUUUGAAUGCAUGUCCAUAGCAUAAUAUUUGAGAAAUAUUAUAUAACGGGUAGUUUGGAUACUGGAUAGAUACCAAUAGAAUAUUAAUGUGUUAUUAUUAUUAUUAUUAUUAUUAUUAUUAUUAUUAUUAUUAUUAUUAUUGUUGUUGUUGUUGUUAUUAUUAUUUCAGCAGUUUUUUUUACCACUGUUUUGUUUUGCAGGUGAAUAACUUGAUCUGGCACGUGAGGUGUCUGGAGUGUUCUGUCUGCCGGACGUCAUUGCGUCAACACAACAGCUGUUACAUCAAAAACAAAGAGAUCUUCUGUAAAAUGGAUUAUUUC